AUGUCUGAUGACUCUAGCAUCAUUAUGAGCGACCCUGACGACAACGCAGGCUUUACUCUGGUGAAAUCGAAAAGGACCAGGAAGAGAAAGCAUGUCUCGAAGGAAUCUGCAUCCAGUGACGACACCAUCAUCACAACGCCAAGCCCCGGCCUCACCGUCGUCGUCAAACCUGCAGAUCCGAGCCAAAUCAUCACGAAGGUCAAUCCUCUAAAGCUAUCUGAGAAGUUAAACGACAUUGCACCUGACGGAGUGAUCCUCAUCAGACCAAACUACCGACUUAAUCUUCUGGCGAUCGACACGAGAAACACCGAGUCCAAAAAGACUCUGCUCAAAAUGACAACCCUCUGCGGAAUGAAAAUCACUGUAUAUGAGGCACAUCAAAGAUCUUCAACUAUUGGAAUCAUCCGUGGAGUUUCUCAGGAGAUCAUAGAAGCGGACCUCCAGGAAGGGAUACGCGCGACUGUCCCUGUCACCCAAGUGAGAAGGCUAGGGAAAUCAGAUAUCGUCAAGCUCGCCUUUGCCACAGAAACUACUCCAGAGUACGUCACUCUAGGCCACACCAGAUUCAAAAUCCUACCAUACACAGACAAACCUCGACAAUGUCCAAAAUGCAGUCGCUUUGGCCAUGUUGCAAGUGUAUGCAACAAGGUGGAGCGGUGUAGUCGCUGUGGCGGCAACCACCAACGCAGUGCCUGUGAAGCAAAAGAACCGCAGUGCAUCAACUGCAAAAAGAACCACGAAUCGACAUCACGCCAAUGCACCUUCUACAAGACAGAAAAGAAGAUAUCAGCCUACUGCAGCGAAAACAAUGUCAACUACACAGCUGCCCGAUCUGUGGUGAAGCCAUCUGGCCCCAGACAUCAAGAUCCUGAGCAGAGAAGUCAUCACCGCCAAAGUAACAAAAUCGAGAAAACAUCGCAAGUUGUUGUGGUACCCCCAGCGAGAGAUGCAGCCUUCCCACCUCUGCCAAGCCAUUCAACUGACGGGACAAAUCCUGUUCAAACGUCACCUGGAUCUUCACACGGCCAACACCAAGAAAGCGUCAGCCAAUCGAAGAAGCUCCAGUGGGUUCCAAAGCAGCUCCAUAACGAGUGUAAGGCCCCACCGCUUUUAAGAUCGAGUGAAACACCAAAAUCACAGAGCCUGGGAAAUGCGCUACACACGAUAGCAACGCUGAUUCGUAAUCUUCUUGUUUCCCUUGAUUCUCCACUGGCACAAGCUACAAUCACAAUCAUAGACAUCGCUCUUCCUCUGAUCAGCUCCUGGUGCAGGUAG